AUGCCUAGGAGUAGAACUUUACGGCGUCGGCCGUCGACGCCGGACCUCCAUCAUGCCCAGGUCCAGCAAGAUCAGCAUCUCACCGCCGACCCAACCUCGCCACCCGAAACCCCCACCACCUCGCCGCCCGCCUCUCGCAAGCACAGUCUCAAACCUCGCCGCCAGCCUGACUUUCGGGACAUUUUCAAGCCACUUAACGAGGACCCUAACAUUAAGCCCGUCGGAAAUGGUCACCAGUUCAGCUACCAGCCUACCCUUGGCCCGGAGCAAUUGAGCCCUCGCUCCUCGUCGUCCUCGUCUGACGACCUCGAUGACUCUGAUGACGACUCCUCGGAGAGCGCAAGCAUCGGCAGCGUGCCCGACGCUCCAGGGCCGGGUCUGGUACCGGACAUUGUUGAUUCCGAAGACGAGAUGGCAGACUCGGAAAGCUCCGAAGACUCCGACGACUCCGACGACUCUGAGGACUCAGAAGAUGACUCUGAUGUAUCUGACGAGGCUGAGACCUCUCACCUGACUGCCGCCACGACAACGGUCAUCUGCAACUUCACUCUCGAAGACGUUGACCCGAUGGACAGCGAAUGCGAAGGCCUCGAUAUCUUGCAACCUACCGAAAUUGAGUCGAAUUGCAGCCGGUCCAGAUCAAGACACAAAGAAGUGCCCAAGGAACUCGACAAGGACAUGAUGCAGGAUCUUAAAAACCUCAACUGCAGCAACGAGACCUCAGACAACGAAGUUGUUGGAGGCGAUGCUGACUACGACUUUGACGAGGAGGCCUUCCUGAGGCGCCGGGAGCAGCUCAGGAAGUUCCGUCGGAUGAGCAUGGGAAGCAGCUUCGGAAAGCGCACUCACAGCGAGCUGAGCGAUUCCGACGACGAUGGCGAAGCAUUGGACGUCAACGAUGUCGGGUCUAGCGCCCGCCGCUUGCGAAGAAAGAUGCAACGCACUAGCCUCCUGUUCCAUGACCCGCCACCCGCUCGAAUCGAGGAGCUCGACGAGCCCGACUCGAGCGAGGACGAGUUUCUUGCGGGACGGGAUCUGGCCCGGGAAUUGCCUUACUGGGAUAUGGAAAUCAUGGAGAUGGACUCGAGUUGA